AUGGCAGAACUCACAGUGGAGAAUGGCAGCUGUAUGGACUGGCAAAAGCGAUGCCUUGCAUUGGAGUCCCAGCUCUUCAAAUUCCGCUUACAGGCAAGCAAGAUCCGAGAGCUGUUAGCUGAGAAGAUGCAGGAAUUGGAACAGAGAGUGAUAGAAGCAGAGCAAAGAGCUGAGGAUGCAGAGAAACAGGUCAAAGUUAUGGAAGAGAAGAUAAAACUAGCCAACGUGAAGACCGGUGAAUCAGACAGCGUUCUGCACAGGAAAUACCAAGAGCUGAUGGGCACAGUGCAAGGAAAGGAGGAUCUGAUCAACAGAUUGGAGACACAGCUAGCAAAACAGAAACAGUUGAGAACUGAGGAAGCCAAAAUUGUUCAAGAGAAAGCUGCCAGGAUCAAAGAGUGGGUAACAUUUAAGCUGAGAGAGCUUGAGCUAGAAAAUUACCACCUGAAAAACUGUAAUCAGAGGCUGACGGAGCAAAUUGAAGCCCUUCAGGAUACAUUGCAAGAUAUGACCAGCAUUCCUCCCUUUGAAUCUCUUUGGAGCUGUAAUUCUCUGAAGCCCAGAGCAUCACAGGCCUCUCUUGCUGAGAAGAUAGACCAGAAAUCUGUGCUCCUUGCACCUGGUUUCAGACAGGUGUGUCAGACAGGACCUACCAAACAUGUCCUCUCUACAGCAAACAUAGUCCUUGCCAAUGACACCUUUACUGAGGAUGGAGAGGAUAAAUCUCUGCUUUCCCAGAGCACGCUGAAGCUCAUGUCUGGCCCAUCAAGCUGGAAUCUCUCCACAGAGAAAGAUGUAUUCCCAGCCGUAAGUUCUGAACACCGGUUGAGGUGCUCUGAUCCCGCAUCACUGGACCCUCCAGCUGAGGCCACAAGAAUCCUUGAGGCUCUGACUUUCCAGUCAUCUUUGGAAGGAAACAGUAGUGCUGUGAGCACCUUGCAACCAGUGGCUUUGGAUGGCACCCGCUUGUCUGAUGAUCUGAGUGCCAGAUUCCGCUCGCACCGGCUGGCCUCCUCUUCUUCAGCAGAAAUAAUGAGCAUGCUUGAGAGCCAUCUCCAAACUUCUGAGCCACCCCUGGUUGUGUCAACAUCAGCUGUUACAGCACAUUCCUUCUGUCCAGGGAGGGAAUGUGGCCUUGGCAGUAGUAUGACCUUUCCAAAAAUACGAACUCCCAGUACACCAAGAGACAGUAUCCAACUAGCCAAGAGACAUUACAGCCAACCACAGCCAGGGGCUAAUUCUUUCCAUCCUGUGAUGAGCUUAGAGGCUAGCAUCUUCCAGCCCAUAACAGACUCUCCAGUCUGCCAUGGGCAAGUGAAGGAGACAGACAUUGAUGAUGAUGGGGUACUGGAGAAGAUGGAAACAGAACGUGGCCCGGUGAGGGAAGAAGCUGGAGCAUGUGAGGAAAUCAACCACUUAUCUACAGGGCAAAGAGAAGCUGUGAGUUCUGAGGCUGGCGUACUUGACCCAGGAGGUAAACCUCCCACGCCACCGCUGCACAGAUUCCCAUCGUGGGAGAGUCGAAUCUAUGCUGUGGCCAAGUCUGGCAUGAGGUUGUCUGAAGUGGCCACCUUGAAUGAUACUUCCAGCUGCUUUUCCAAUUUCUCGCGUUCAACUUCUGGGCCAUUUACCUGUCUCAUCUACAGAAACGUCACAGUGCCAGUCUACACUACGCUGAAGGGGAAAGCCACACAGAUCAGCAAUGUGCCUUUCUUAGAUGAGUCUUCAGGCUCUGAUGAUGACUGUGGCUCCCAUGCCAGCUUCAGAACUUCUACUGCUGGAUCCGAGAACAGGAAAGCUAGCAUACCAGGCAGCCCUCGUGCAGUGAAGAGAGGUGUAUCUAUGUCCUCACUGAGCUCUGAGAGUGACUAUGCCAUCCCUCCUGAUGCCUACUCCUUGGAUGGUGACUAUUCAGAGCCAGAACAUAAGCUACAGCGAACAUCUUCCUAUUCCACUGAUGGUGGAAUCUGUACUGAACCCAUGGAGAAAUCAGGUUACUUGCUGAAAAUGGGCAGCCAGGUGAAGAUGUGGAAGAGACGAUGGUUUGUUCUAAGAAACAGACAAAUCAUGUACUACAAGUCUCCGAGUGAUGUUAUCCGCAAACCACAAGGGCAGAUGGAGCUGAAUUCCUCAUGCCAAAUUGUCAGAGGUGAAGGGUCCCAAACAUUCCAA